AUGAGCGCCAACACUCGCACCGACUGCUUCUACAACCUCAGCGCCGAGGCGCGCCUCGACUAUUUUGAGCACGAAAAUGAGGUGGAAGUCAACCGGAUGUUCCGCAUGUUCCACGGCUACAUGCUCGGGCCCCUCGGAUUGACGGCCAUCAUCUUCAGCUCGUUAUUCAUAAUCACAACGUUCCGCGCGAUCCGGCUGCGUCGCGUGUCGCGCAAGCAUCACGUUCUCCUGCUAAACCGGGCGAUCGGUGACUUGCUGGCCGCGUGCACGGCAACGGCCAACGCUGGACUGGCGAUCUGGUGGGAGGACUUGAAUCGUGACAUCGCCUUCCUCAUCGAGUCCUUGUUCUUCGCAGCAUUCUGGAGCGCGCUCGUCUCGUACACAAGUUUGUCCGUGUUAAAGCUGUACGCGGUGUGGCAACCUCUCGCCUACCGGAAUACGUUCACCUUCGACAAAUGCAUCUAUAUCAUUGUUUCGAGCUGGAUCGCGUUCGUAAUCAUCUGCGGAAUGACGAUGGGCGUGACGGCGUUGGUGCGCGUGCAGUGGAUGAGCGAGUGGAGCGGGUGUAAAGCGGAGACUUGUCUGCGGAUCAUGUACCGCUCUCGCAACACGUUCACCUGCUUCGUCUACGCGUUCACGAUUGUUGUCUUCUUGACGACUGUGAUUCUUCUCAAAAAGGCCGAGGGCAAUUUGUUCGACGCUCGUCGCCAAUCCACCACUUCAAAUGGGCGUCAAAAAGUGACACGAUUUCCGCUCUGGAAACUGGCGUUGGGGGUGAGCACCUUUGCCGUCCUCCACGCACCACAUGUCAUCUGGAGCAUCUUCCUGCUCAGCUCCUCCCAUUGCCACUUUCAGCUCUAUUACAUGGAGAGUAUGCGAUUAUUGGCGUUCGUGCGUGGAUCGAUGAUGCUGAGGAUCAUUUUGGACCCGAUCGUGUCCUUCGUUAUCGACUAUCAGAUUCGAUUCCUGUUCCUCGACUGGCUGGGCGUGCCGCGCGGCUGGUGCUGCUACGCGCAACGCGUCCACAGCAGCACGAUUUCCACGGAUUCCGAAAUCAAGCGAAAAUCGACGGCACCGUCAAUGCAACAACCCGAGUCGGGCGUCUCCACGGCGAAAGAGAUCUCGCCCAGCCCGUCGGCCACCACCACCACCAACAUCACCACCACCAACAGCAACAGCAACAGCCAAGUGCCCGUCGCGGCCCACCAUGAAGCCCCCGACAUUACAGUUGAC